AUGAAUCCCUUUAUUAUUGAUAAAAAGUCAAUAUGUAUGAACGACUUUCUUGCCUUCAAUUAUGAAGAUGACCAAACACCAGUUGUCAAACAGUUUGACUGUUACUCAGACCUACCCGAUCCAAUGAAAGUUCAAGGCAUUAACAACCAAGCCUUAUGUUAUGUCAACGAGAAUUUUAUGUAUGUGACAAAAGAUAAUCAUACUAUCAAUCGGUGUGGAGAGUAUUUACAAUUAGUUGGCGCCUAUCAAAAACAGGUUUAUUGUAUGAUCGCCGGUUAUAUGAAUGUGUAUAAAGAAGGUGUGACUGAAUCUCUUGAAGGUAAAUACAUAUCUGUCAACUCCAGAAUAUACAACCAACUCUCUCCCAAAACCAAAGCUAAAAACAAUUAUGCCUGUCAAUUCACCUUUAAACACGUGUACUUGGAUUUGGGUAUGAACCCAACUCUCGUUGUUGUUGAAAGGAAAAAGAAUUCAAAUAUUAUAGCAAUCAUUAACUGCAACCAAAUUAUGUUUCAAAUUAGAAUCUAUUCUGAAACAAUUGACGAAUUCAUUUUCUCAAAUAAAGAUGGAAAAUUUGAAGUACCAAAUUAUGAAGGAAAUUACACUGUAAGAGCAAAUUCGUUUUAUAACAACAGACUUGAGAUCAAUGAAAUCAAUUUAAAUCAAGCAGAUUCAUUUGAAUUCGACUCAAGAUUCCCAUCAGAUAAAGGCGGGAACUGCUAUUAUGUUGUUAACAAUGACGUGUAUUCCCCGGAUGAGAAAAAUGAGUCUGUCUAUUUCUUAAAGUGGCACAUUUUACUGCCAGAUUAUGCCAUUAAUCUUGUUCAAAUGGAAAAGACUCCAGGUGGAAUAAUAUUUGAACCAACUGAUAUAAUAAAUGGGAAAGGAUUUAUCUCCAUUGGAUAUGUCUAUAUCACUGAAAUGAUGCUCGACCAAGACUUCACUCAUGUGCAAUUUGAUAUGGAAAUGGAAGACACAACAGAUUUUGAAUUGAUUUUGGCAGACUUGGUGUACAAAACGGACUUUGUUGAAUUCACGAAUACAUCUUUUGAAUUUGUUGAUAAAGACUUGAAGACAAAAUACUACAAAACGGACAAAAAGGUGUCGAUCACGGCUUAUUUCAAACCAGAUAAAAAAGAAUUUUCAAAUGGAGGUUCAAUCAAGUUUUUAAUUACUAAAAAUACCUACAUUCGAUUACAAAAUAUCACUUUGUUCAGAUCAAGUCUUGCAAACAAUCAGUACAUUUGCGACUCAACUUCUUUUGAUUGUUAUGGAACAGAAUGCCAAAUCACAAACGAUUCAUAUCCACAAGGAACCAGCAUGUGGAGUGAACACUGUCGGCCAGCUUGUGGAUUCUGUAGAGAAGGUUUUGUGUGUACAACAGCUGGUAGAUGUAUUAGAGAAUUAAAUAAUAACUUAAGGAGUGGAAUUAAAAAGGUGAUCACACUAUUAUGUUUGGUGGUUAUAUUCGUGGUGUAA